AUCCGCUUCAGAGCAAGAUGGCGCCGGCCAGUUACUUUAUGUGGCUGGUUCUUCUCUUUUUAUUAACCCUGGUGACGUGUGAGUACACCUCAGAGAAGUGCCAGGACCUGGGCUUCACCACAAACCUGCUCUGCAGCUCCUGUGAUGAGCUCAAGCAGUUCCAGCUGCAGUCUCUCGAGGACAACUGCAGACAAUGUUGUCAGCAAGAUAACCCCGGCAGUACACAACAGUUGUUUCCUGGUGCGUUGUUAGAAGUGUGUGGAUGAAAGUUGGGGAGAUGGCCCCAGGUCCAAGCCUUCGUGAAGAGCGAUAGGCCCAAGCAGUUUCCAGGUCUGAAGAUCAAGUAUGUCCGUGGCGCGGACCCGAUCCUGAAGAUGCUGGACAGCAGGGACCAGGUGGUCGAGACACUCUCCAUCGAGAAGUGGAACACCGACAACGUCGAGGAGUUUCUAUCUGAGAAACUACAGAAGUUAUAAUUUAAACACCGUUCUCUGCAGUUAUAAUAGUUAUAAUUCUGUUUCAAUUCCAUUCGAUUCAAUAUCAGUUAACUAAAGGCUGUUAGAAAUAUUGUCAAAGGCUGAUGUAUGUAACAUUACUUAAUUUGAGGAAAGUAGUAACUUAUAGGUGCGGCAAUCUAAAAUUCUGAUGGGCAACCUAAUUUUUGCCACUGGGCAACCUGGUUCAAAAAAGUAUUUUGCACACUGGGCGUCCAGGUGGCGAUACGUCCGCUCCCCCCAUCCCGGUGACCAAUCUGCGACGCUGGGAACUGUGACAAGUAAUGUCCCGCGUGUUAAUUGCACAUUAACCCCUGAUGGCUCCGGACCAGGCUUGAUGAGUCUGAGGGUCGGAAUUUGUCGUGCCGGGCGGAAUCGGUGGCAGGAAGGUCAGGUUCGCCGGAGGGGCAUUUGCGUCAAACUGGCACCUCAAUGCCAGGGGCAGACAGUUAGGCCAUUGUGCAUCGUUCAUUCCGCAGUUAGUUUUGGCAGUUAGUCCCCACAGAGGUAUGUUUCACUGAUACAGGGGGCAUCAUUCAGGCUAACUCCACUUUGUCACUUUCAAGAGGAGUGUGUGUCUAAGAGGAAAGUAGACAUGGAAAUGUUCACAAUUGGGUUCCCACAAACUUUGUCCUAGAGGAAAAAAUGAAAAUUUUACAUGGUCCCAUCUCAUAUACUGUGUCAAGUCUUACUAUGAGAUCUUAUGGAAAACAGAGGUUUUGAAAACAUUUCACAUGCUCCCUAUUCAAAGACUUUGUCCUAGUCAAAAAUGAACAUGAGAAUUUCACGUUUCCCCUUCCAGUAAACAUUAUCCAAUUGGAAAAAUUGAAUACUUCCACAUACCCCAGGAACCCACAGACUUAACAAUUGGUAACUCCACUUGUUGCCCAAGGACUGAACCGGCAUUAAUGUUUUUUUGGCCCAGAAUUAUCAUUCCAGGUUUUCAGUAGUGAUGUU